AUGAUAAAUUAUGAAAUCAGCUUACGCUUCCUCUACAGCAAACCGCAAUCUAAGCUUAUCCUCGGAAGAUUACCCCUCUUUGAGUUUAGCGUUGUUAAUCAUCCGCCAUGCUAUGCCUUGUUCAUUCAGCCUUGCGAAAUAUUUGGAACCUCCGUCCUUCUUAAUUCUCUCCAACUCACGAACCUCUCUAAGUUGCAACAACAAAAUUUAUGCUCUCAAUACUGUAUACUCACUUUUCUCAAUGGGUUGAAGCCAUCUUUCAACGAUUCAGAAGAAUCCUAG